AUGACUUCUUCACCAGUUACUGCUGCUCCUUCGAAUUUGGACGAUAUCACUACAUCACUUUUCUAUCAGUUACGCGAUAAAAACCGUGUUUAUGAUUUCGAUGUACUGCAAUGCCCUAAAUGUCCGGAACGACUGGAAGCUCUCGAACUUGACGUCUACCAAGAAAAUGGUCAAACGUAUCAAAGAAUAUGGUGGACUUGUCGAGGCAUAAAAAAUCAGAGCUGUUAUUUUCCAUUAUGGGUGCCGAGGGAGGUUUUUUGGACAAGGAGAACAGAGGAGCAGAUGAGAACGGGCUAUAUUCCUUUGCCAAAUAUUCACUUAUUGCCACAACGUUUAUGGUACCUCUAUCCAAAUGUUUUUCGGGAUAAACUGAAUCAGGGAGAUAUCGGUAGUGCCAAAAAGAAUAAUUCUGGUACAGUCACGCCAUCUUCGGGUCAUGCAACACGAGGCAGUUCAGUAAGACCUGAAAGUGUAUUUGCGGAAAAUGAGGAAUGCAGUCGAGACUCGUUUCUUAGUGCACCUCUCCUCUCAGAUGGAAUAAAUCCUAGUGUUCCAAAUGAAACGGGAAUUUGGGAAUCUGAUAUUCCGAUUCGACAGGUUCAAAUAGAUGAAGAUAUAGAAGAAAGCCUCGGAUUGGUUGAGGACACCCACACGCCCUCUUCAAAUGGUCAGCCUAUUGCUCCAGAUCAAAAAUAUUACAACUGGGAAAACUCGGGUAACGUGGAAGCAAAAGGCAUGGUGUGCAACUCGAGGUUGUGCGAGAUGAGCCUAAUUCCAGAGUCCUGGGAUUCUAGAGUUGUUACUAUGGAUUUUCCUUUGGAUUCAUUCACAGAUUCUGUCGUUCAUUUUUGUUCACAAUCAGAUUCAGCAGUCCUGCAACAACGAGAACAAUUGGAAGGGAGAAAUUCACAGGAGAGUUCAGAUAAACAGGAGAUACAUUCAGAUAAUAGCACUGUUAUUCUGGAAGUUUUGCGGUCAGCAUCUCGAAAUGACGUCGUGCAUACUGAUGAAGAUUUAAAAAAAGUUCAGUGUAAUUCUGAAAUAGCGACAAAAAUUACAAGAAAGCAAAAACAAAAUGCUGGUUUCGAGGAAAGGUUUGAUGAAGCAACUUUUGAUGACACUGUAUCAGCAACUAGCAGUUCUUCAGACCGGAUAUCGCUCGUGGCACCAUGGGUGAAGACGGGAGUGCUAGAAUCUGUAAAUAUUGCUCAAAUAUGGGAAGUUUUCCAAAAACAAAAGCAACAACGAUCGGACUCGGAGGUUGUUGACGAUGACUACGUGGUCGCCUCUUUAAUGAAGGAAUUAGUAGUUAGAGUAGCUCUGGAACUUAAUUUCGUCACAAAUGAAGCAGUGUCUACAUCGCUGUGCAUGGGACAAAAGCAACAUCAUUUGUUGAAUAUAAUUUCCUUGGAGGAAGCAAAAAAAGACUUUGGUGAUUUGACACUUGAAGAAUUGUUGAAAGGUGUUAAUAAUUUAAAGUCAUCUGCUGCAGCUCAGAAUUAUUUGAAGAAUUGGUCUAAGACAAACAUCCAGAAACAGCAGUCAAUAAUAAAUGACCGUCUGCAACAAACUGUUGACACACAUACAUCUUAUUUUGAAAAAAAUAAUUCAGAAACAUUCCAUAGAAUUUCUAAUGAAAUGACUACGGGUUUGGAGACACAACCAUCAUUCCGGAAACGGCGGUCUGAUAGUGCGGCUCGACCUACUUUGCCGAGGAAUCUUCCGGCAGAUCAGAAAUGCAUUGCCGAUGUAGAAAUGGCCUUAAAGCAGUCCCUAAAAAGUAUUAAAGGUCCGGAAGAAACAAGUCUUGCUCCUCGAAUAUCCAUUCUAAAAGGUUCUCCUUCAAAGUUUCAUCCUGAUAUGAUCUCAAAUGAAAUAUUCGAUUCACUGAAUUGGCGUCGACCUGUGCAUUUUGGCGGUCGUACAAAUCUAGAUGCUUUUGUAACGGCGUACAACUUACGAUACAAUCGUGCCGAAUAUCUGGAUGCUUUUGGAUCCGAACUAUGCAAACGCAAAAUUAUGAAAUUUGUCCCAUCAAUACCAGUAAAGCAACAACGUCUUGUGCGACGUAUGCAGCAGAGGUUGUCCGGCCGAGAAGAUAUGCUAGAUUUGGAAAUGCUCAAGAAGGCCAUUGAUCCGGAUGCACUACGUGUUCAGAUUGCUCAUCGCCUUGGUAUUAAAGAUCUGGACAACAUAUUACCAUGCUCAAAAGUAGGAAAUAAUCAAGAUGAUGAAAUAAGUAAUAAGAUGCAGCAUAUUGCCUCUGCUCCACUUGUGUCACAAGGAAUUUGUGAAUCUGUUUCAAUGGAAUAUAUUCAAUCGAGCGAAGGCGGUGAGCAGGCAUCAAUAUCAAAUCAAUCGGAAAGUUUACAUUCAUUUCCUGUAUCUGAGUAUGAAAGUAAUAUUAAAACCGGAAAAAAACGUGAACCAAAAGCGCCAUUUAUUCCAUCAUUCAAUGAUCCAGAAGUUGAUGCACUAGUACAUCGAAAAUUUAAAAAUUAUGUACAUGAAGAAAACUCAACCGAUGUUGUUCUUCAGCAAUCUUCAAUGCAGCAGUCGCAUAUGCCUGAACAUUUGGAAGCAUCAACAUCACGUAUCGAAUAUGUCGAUUUUGAAAGUGCAUUUGAGGAAUACGAAAAUGAUGAAAUGCAACAAUUGGAUUCAUUUUUUGAUACCAGUUUCAAUGGUCAUUCAUUAUGA